AUGUCGACAAACGAGACUUUUUACCUUCGUUACUACUCAGGUCACUCUGGGCGGUUCGGGCAUGAGUUUCUAGAAUUCGAUUUCCGCACCAUCGCCGAUGGAAGCAGCGCCGCUGUCCGAUACGCGAACAAUUCCAACUACCGCAAUGACUCCCUCAUCCGCAAAGAGAUGUGCGUGAGCUCCGCGAUGAUCCAGGAGAUCAGGCGCAUCAUCAAGGAAAGCGAGAUCAUGAAGGAGGACGACUCCAAGUGGCCGCAGAAGAACAAGGAUGGCCGCCAAGAGCUGGAAAUCCGACUGGGUAGUGAGCACAUCUCAUUUGAGACCGCGAAAAUCGGCUCAUUGGUGGAUGUGACAGAGUCGGCUGACCCUGAAGGACUGCGGGUAUUCUACUACCUUGUCCAGGACCUAAAGGCGCUGAUCUUUUCGCUCAUUUCGCUCCACUUCAAGAUUAAGCCUAUUAACUAG